AUGGUGAAAGUCCCUAAAACUCGCCGGACUUUCUGUAAGAAGUGUGGCAAGCACCAGCCCUACAAAGUGACCCAGUACAAGGGAAAGGACUCUCUGUAUGCCCAGGGAAAGCGGCGUUAUGACAGAAAGCAGAGUGGCUACAGUGGGCAGACUAAGCCUAUAUUCCAGAAAAAGGCUAAAACUACAAAGAAGAUUGUGCUGAGGCCUGAGUGUGUUGAGCCCAACUGCAGAUCUAAGAGAAUGCUGGCUAUUAAGAGAUGCAAGCAUUUUGAACUGGGAGGAGAUAAGAAGAGAAAGAGCCAAGUGAUCCAGUUCUGAGCCAAUUUUGCUAUGAAGACAAUAAAAUGUGAUUAUGUUCA